UUUGUUCCACUACCUUUCGCCAUCUUUGAGGCAGUUUCCUGAUUCCAUCUUCCAUGAACUUGGCAUUUUUCUGGACAAUGAACUAGUCUAGGUAGUUUGACAAAUGCUAUGAACUUUUGUUCCAACCCAAUAAUAUUCUGCGAAAUUGCAUAAUUGGUGUCAUCAGUUUUGUAGAAGUUCAUUAAAGUUGUGAUUGUGAUAGAGGAACAAUGAUGUUACAUAAAACAAACUUGAAACUAUGCCGCCUUUGUGGCAAAGAAAAACAGCAAGGCACAGAUUUGUUUACAGACAAAGUUAGAGGAACUGUAUAAAAUUUAGUUUUUCUUUAAUUUAUUUUAAUAUUUCUCCUGUUACAGGUGAUAAAUAUUUCAAAUUCUGAUGCAUUUUCCAAAUAUGUUUGUAUUGACUGUGAACAAAAGAUUUAUAUAUUCGAUGAGUUUUGCUUAAUGGUAGCAAAUGUACAAAAACAGCUUGCUGCUCCCUCUUUGGAAAUUGAUUUUGCAGAAGAUAUGUUAUGUCAAUUGAAAGAAAAUGAUACAAUAUCAAAAAGUACAUUAAAUAAGCAAGGAGCAAAAAAAAGUACAUGUCCAAUAUGUGCUAAGAGUUUUAGAUGUCAAGCACAUUUAAACAGGCAUAAACGUAUUCAUACUGGACAAAGACCUUUUGUUUGCAAUAUUUGUAAAAUGUCUUUUAACCAACAAGAAAUAUUAAUGAAACAUAAAGAAAGACACGAAGGAAAAAAGCAAUUUCAAUGUGCAAAUUGCCAUCAGUCAUUUCGUUAUAAAGUAUCAUUAAAAUCUCAUAUGAUAAAUUUUCAUAUGGAUAUGGAGCAAUCUGUCAACAAUCAAAAUUUUCAAAUAGAGAAUAAUUCAUUUACAUGCUUAGAAUGUGGUAAGCAGUUUGUGACAAAAUACAAAUUACAAAGGCAUUCAAGAUGUCAUACUGGCGAAAGACCGUAUCAUUGUACUUUUUGUUUGAAAACAUUUUCGCAAACUGGCAAUUUAAAAGUGCACCAGGUAAAGUACCACCAAAUGCAUGGUUCUGUUACUGAAAUAAGAAGACAAACUCAGUACAAUAAUCAAAUGAUUGACUGUGAUAUACCUACAACACUAAAUACUUUUCAUACAGUUAACAUGUCAGAAAUUGACUUACAGAACACAAUAAACGAGACUAUAAAUUCUACACAGCAGAGUAGUUCAUAUGCUUCAAAAUUAUACGAAAAUUCUUUAUAUAUUGAUGACGAAAUCGAGACGAUACUGGAUCGUGGUCUUGGUCACCUAGAACAAAAUAAAUAUUCGGCAAAUGUACAAGACAAAGUAUCACUUUGUUUGAAACAACCAGAAACUCCUGAAUUAUUGCAUAGUUUAUUAUAUGAUGAUGGAUAG